CUACAUCGUCCGCAAUUAUACUUGCAUGGUUUCUAUGUUUAAGGGAAUCUUCUUUUAUUCCUUUCUUCAAAUUUGUUACUUUCCUUAUAAGGUUGAUCAUCGCUGCCAUCUUUGUUAUGGUAUGCGGCUAUGAGGGGAUGGUUCUUCCGUUGAAGAGGAUGAUUCAUCUGAGCCAUGAACUCGAUCUUACUCAGCUUUGGGGAAUUUGAUUCUGCUCGGCAUGGAAGGAUGUUACAGUCUCCUGUCCACGGAGCUUUCAACUUCCCUGUUGAAAGAGACGCUAAUCGACUUCUCUCAGUGCUUUACUACACGACAUUACAAAUUGGGACACCGCCAAGAGAGUUCAAUGUGGUAAUUGACACGGGAAGUGAUGUUUUAUGGAUUAGCUGCAUUUCAUGCGUCGGUUGCCCUCUCCAGAAUGUUACUUUCUUCGAUCCUGGAGCCUCAUCAGCAGCUGUAAAGCUGGCCUGUUCUGACAAGAGGUUCUUCUCGGAUCUAUUAAAGAAAUUAGUCAUCACUUCAAAGCUAACAAGACAGGAAGCUUCACAACAACAUUGAUCCUUGUGCUGUUCUUCUUGGACUACUGGUAGUUUUGUCUACAUUUCAACAUCUGAACAAUGGGGCAAGGGGACGGUUCUUCCAUUGAAGAGGAUGAUUCCGUCGAGCCAUGAACUCGAUCUUACUCAGCUUGGGGCAUUUGAUUCUGCUCGGCAUGGAAGGAUGUUACAGUCUCCUGUCCAUGGAGCCUUCAGUUUUCCGGUUGAAAGAGGCACAAAUCCGAUUUCCAGGAUUUACUACACGACAUUACAAAUUGGGACACCGCCAAGAGAGUUCAAUGUGGUAAUUGACACCGGAAGUGAUGUUUUAUGGGUUAGCUGCAUUUCUUGCGUCGGUUGCCCUCUUCAGAAUGUUACUUUCUUCGAUCCUGGAGCCUCAUCCUCAACUGUAAAGCUGGCAUGUUCUGACAAGAGGUGUUUCUCGGAUAUACAGAAGAAAUCUGGUUGUUCUCCACUUGAGAGCUGUUUCUACAAGGUGGAGUACGGUGAUGGAAGUUUCACCUCCGGCUACUACAUCUCAGAUCUCAUUUCCUUUGAGACUGUUAUGUCCAGUAACUUGACCGUAAAGUCAUCUGCUCCCUUUGUUUUCGGGUGUAGCAACUUACAUGCUGGACUAAUAUCACUACUAGAGACAUCGAUACAUGGCAUCGUUGGUGGAGGUCAAGAGGGUGGAGGUGUAAUGAUUUUAGGUGAAAACAGAUUACCUAAUACCGUCUACACACCUCUUGUUCGAUCACAGACACAUUAUAAUGUCCAUUUGAAGACCGUUGCUGUGAAUGAUCAUCGCUGCCAUCUUUGUUAUGUUAUGGGGCUAUGAGGGGAUGGUUCUUCCGUUGAAGAGGAUGAUUUAUCCGAGCCAUAAAAUCGAUCUUACUCA